AUGGUUGCUGAAGAAGAAUCGAAUAAUCAAGGGCAAAGAACAGGGUAUCAUGGCUCUAUUCCUGGUCACAAUAUUGUCAAUCGUAAUAGAAAGGAAGAUGAGUUAAGGUUAUAUAAUGAUUAUUUUGCAGAAAAUGCUAAAUUCAUUGAAAGUCAAUUUCGAAGAAGAUUUAGGAUGAGUCGUCAUCUUUUUCUUCGGAUCGCAAAUGCAGUGGAAGCUCAUAAUCCAUAUUUCAAACAAAGGGCAUAUGCUCUUGGUGUUCUUGGUUUAUCUUGCCUUCAAAAGGUAACUGCAGCUCACAGAAUACUUGCAUAUGGUAUUCCUGCAGAUCUUACUGAUGAAUAUCUUCGAAUUGGAGAAACCACUACGAUAGAAAGUCUUAGAGCUUUUGUCAAAGCAACCGUAGAAGUUUUUGGUGAUUGGUAUCUAAGGGCACCAAACGAGGCCGAUAUUUGUCGAUUAUUAUCAAAUGGAGAGCAGCGUGGAUUUCCAGGGAUGUUAGGGAAGGUGGUGGCUUCACAAGAUCUUUUGAUAUGGCAUGCCUUUUUUGGAAUGCAUGGAUCAUUAAAUGAUAUUAAUGUUCUUGAUUGGUCACCUAUCCUUGCUGCACUUGCUGAAAGUCGUACUGCUCGUGUCAAUUAUACAAUUAAUGGGCAUGAAUAUAUAAUGGGAUACUAUUUAGCAGAUGAGAUUUAUCCUAAUUGGUCAUCCUUUGUUAAGACAAUCCCAAGACCAUUAGGAGCAAAGAGAAAAUAUUUUGCAAGCAAGCAAGAGUCUGCAAGAAAAGAUGUGGAGCAGGCAUUUGAGGUGCUCCAAUCUCGUUUUGCAAUUGUACGUGGACCUGUUCAAUACUGGGAUGAAGAAACGCUUGCAUAUAUUAUGAAAGCUUGCAUAAUAAUGCAUAAUAUGAUUAUUGAGGAUAAAGGAGCAAUGAACCUUGUAUUUGACCAUGAACAUGAAGUCAAUUUUUUUUAUAUCAGUGUCACAUAG